AUGCCUAUCUUCAAAGAUAGGGACCUUGACGUUCCUGGCACUGAGCUGCUGAUUGAUAUCCAACACGACCAGAACGUUCCCCAUGACAGCUCCGACAUCAUCCUGUUGCCCCCUCCCACGGCCUGUGAGGGCGAUCCUCUUAACUGGUCCGAUUUCAAGAAAUACUGGCACCUUCUCCUUGUCUCAGCAUAUGCCUGUAUCUUUUCUUUUGCUGAGAACAACACCGGUGAUGCUUACUCGACCAUCGUGGACAUGACUGGGUCCACCAUGACCAUCAUGAACGGUGGCGGAGCACUGAACUAUCUCAUGCUGGGUCUGGUGAACAUCUUCUGGAUCCCAGCGGCUAUGAAGAUCGGUCGUCGCUUUUGUUUCCUCGCCACCUUACUCCUAUGCAUUGGCUCUUCCAUCUGGAUGGGUGCUUUUCAUACUGCGGGUGAAUGGUAUGGAUGCAACAUCGUUAAUGGUCUUGGUACAUCCGCCUAUGAAGCUGUCAUCCAGCUCGCAGUAUUCGACCUCUUCUUUGACCAUCAGCGCGGUCGCAUGCUGGGUUUCUACAUCUUUGCCCAGCAGCUAGGCUCUAUCAUCGGCCUGGUCUCAGGAGGAUACAUUGCUGACGGACCGGGCUGGCGCUGGGCUCAGUGGGUGGUCUCCAUUGGAGAAGGAAUUUUGAUCAUCAUCUUCUUCUUCACGUAUGAGGAGACGUUGUUUCCCCGGUUCCUCUUCAACCCUUCGCAGAGCUUGCCUACAUCCGAGGCCAAGCUAAAGAACCCUAUUGAUGCGACCGAAACCGCCUCUCUGGACAAGAAGGAUCCCGCCACGGUCGAUAAUGCGAGUGUGAAUGAGGGAUCAGCCAGUGACACCAUUCCAGCGCCGUCUGAAUUCCCCAAACGGACGUUCAAAGAGAAAUUGCGACUCUGGGUAUAUUACCCGCAGGAUAAAACCACAUAUUGGUCUUACUUCAAGCGACCAUUUUUCCUGCUGGCUUUCCCUAACAUCAUUAUUGCUGGUAUCAUCUUCGCCUUUGGCUGCACCUCUGGCAUCGUUACCAACAAGACCAUCUCCGAAAUUCUCACUGGCGCGCCGUAUAAUUUCACUGACGGUCAGACCGGCCUUGCGUAUCUAUCUGCUCUGGUGGGAAGUAUCAUUGGCUACCUCACUAGUGUAAUGGGUGAUAAGAUUGUCAUUUACCUCGCUCGUCGCAAUGACGGUGUCAAGGAGCCUGAAAUGCGUCUCUGGGCUCUGACGCCUUGUUUCAUCUAUUCGGCAGUAGGAUAUGAGCUUUACGGCUGGGGAGCGCAGGAGGGUGCCCACUGGAUGACAAUCACGGUGGGAAUUGGGGCGAUGAUUGCUCAGCAGGUUGCUGCAACAUCAACAGCAACUGCCUAUGCUAUGGAAUGUUUCCCUGGAGUUGGGGGUGAGAUUGUCGUGAUUCUCGCGAUCUGCAGCUCCAUCAUCAACUUCAUCAUCUCCGAGACUACACAACCGUUCUACGAAGCCACCGGGCCCGGCUGGCUCUUCCUCUUCUACGGAAUCUGCGUGAUCAUCUCACUAGCAGCCGGAAUGGCCGUCUACGUGUGGGGCAAGAAAUGGCGGAGGAAAUGUGCCCCGAAAUACUACAAGUUCCUCCAGGAGCGAGGAGGAAAUAUCUAG